AAGAAGUAAUUCAAUAAGUAUCAAUUUAAUUUUAAUAAUAAUAAAUCUAAAUCAUGCUUACUUUGUGGAAUUUGUUUGAAGCCGGUUUAUUGCUAUUAAACGCAGUGUGUGUAUUGCACGAAGAAAGAUUUUUAGCGAAAGUUGGAUGGGGCGCCAACUCUGCGGUUCAAGGAUUUGGUGAAGCACCAACCGUUAAAUUUCAAGUUAUGAAUUUAAUCCGAUCUAUCAGAACUGUUACUAGAAUACCGCUUAUAUUCGUCAAUAUCGCCACAAUAAUUUUCAAAUUAAUUCUUGGAUAAUUAUAAAUGUUUCGAAGGAAGUUGCGUUGAAUUUUGAAGCCAUAUAAUUUAUUUUAUAAAUGUAC